GCGUUGUAGGUCCCCUUUCGGCUCUCCUGUCAGCGGAUUUGAACAGGAAUUACCAGUUUAUUCAGGGCGCAACAUCGGACAAACGGGGCCAAUUCGGGAACCCCGAUUUGCUAUAGUUUCUGGGGAACGUAACGGCUUGAUAAAAAGCCUCCAGUUGCGGGUGCUAGGAGUGUAAAAUCGGCGUUUUUCUGCGCUGGUCGUCAUCCUCCAAGAGAGAAAUUUGCUGCCCUGCUGGCUGGCCUCUCAUCCAACAUGGGUUGUUGUCUGAGCGAGGAAGCUAAAGAAGCAAAGAGAAUCAACCAAGAAAUUGAGAAGCAGCUACGUAAAGACAAACGCGAUGCGCGUCGAGAGCUCAAGCUACUUCUUCUUGGAACUGGAGAGAGUGGUAAGAGUACAUUUAUCAAACAGAUGAGGAUUAUUCACGGGUCCGGGUACUCAGAAGAAGAUAGGAAAACCUUCACCAAGUUGGUGUAUCAGAAUAUCUUCAUGGCGGCAAAUGCAAUGAUCCGGGCCAUGGACACAUUGAAGAUUCCCUAUGGUGACCCAACAAAUGAGAAAAGGUCACAUGAUGUUAGAUUAAUAGACCACGAGACAGUAACACAGUUUUUAGAACCGAACAUAACGUACAUAGAAAGUUUAUGGAGUGAUUCAGGUAUACAGGAGUGUUACGACAGAAGAAGGGAAUACCAGCUUACAGAUUCAGCAAAAUACUACCUUUCCGAUUUAAGGCGAAUUGCUAAUGCAAACUACGUUCCCACAGAACAAGAUGUAUUGAGAGUACGAGUGCCUACAACAGGCAUCAUCGAGUACCCAUUUGAUUUAGACUCCAUUAUUUUCAGAAUGGUCGACGUAGGAGGCCAGAGGUCAGAGCGACGCAAGUGGAUCCACUGCUUUGAGAACGUUACAUCCAUCAUGUUCCUAGUCGCCUUAAGUGAAUAUGACCAAGUGCUGGUUGAGUCCGAUAGUGAGAAUCGGAUGGAGGAAAGCAAAGCACUGUUUAGGACAAUUAUCACGUAUCCGUGGUUCCAGAACUCAUCGGUUAUCCUGUUCCUUAACAAGAAAGAUCUCCUGGAAGAAAAGAUAAUGCACUCACAUCUUGUAGAUUACUUCCCUGAGUUUGAUGGUCCACAACGUGACGCCCAAGCAGCUAGGGAAUUCAUUCUCAAGAUGUUUGUGGAGCUGAACCCCGACAGCGAUAAGAUCAUCUAUUCCCAUUUCACCUGCGCCACCGACACAGAGAAUAUUCGCUUUGUGUUUGCCGCAGUCAAGGAUACCAUCCUGCAGUUGAAUCUUAAGGAAUACAACCUGGUGUAGUGUAGAGCGUGAUUUUAUGUCCGUCGGCCAAUGCGAGUGAGCGUUUUCACCCGGGGGCCGGGGUCCUAGCCACGUAGCCUUUUGUUGUAAUUUCAAUCACGCUGGCCACUUUUAUAAACUGACCGUUGUUACAUAAUGUGUUCACAACAUAAUAACGCGUCUAGGAGUGGCCUGUCAUGAAUGUGUAUGUGCAGUUAAUGCGUACAUGAACGGUGAAACACUAUGGGGCACCAAUUUUGUGUGGACUCGUGGUUUGUUUUGUUAUUUUAAAAAUAAAAAAGUGAGGGAGCGAGUGAAUUUUGUCAUCCGGGGGUUUAAAAACAGAAAAAGGGGGCUUGCCUAGGACUUUUUGUGUUAAAUGACGUGCCGGCACGUUUUGGACUUUCCCAAGUAAGUUGUUUUUAAACAAAGCUGUAAUCAAUAAGAACAGGUUCUUAAUUGAUGAAUUCAACUGGAAGUUCAAGCGUGCGGAAAUUGUGGCAGAUUGUCAGGGGUCUUUUUUAAGUAAGAACACACCGCCAAGUGGUCGGUACCCCGUUUAUUCAUUGGUGACCCCACCGGUCCGUGACUCAUGUACGCAGCUGCUAAGAGGACACUGAAGUUUUGACAGUGUCUGUUUGGACAUUUUUAAAACGAAAAAAAAAACAAAAAAAAACUAGCCGAACGCCACACACGAGUUGUUGAUAUCGCUGUCACAGCGAUAGGACUCAAAAGUGUGAUGCGUAGUCGGUUCAUUUUUAUUGAGAGGUCUGUGUUUUCUAUGUUGGAAAGAAGAAAAAAACUGAGUCAGACAACUUGCUUGGAUAUUGUAUCAGCAUCAGACAAUGUAACAUCUCCCUAAAAUUAUGUUUUUCAAAAUGUCAGUACGAAAGAUAUUUACCAUGUUUCAAAUUGUUUUUUUUUGGUUAUUAUUAUUUUUUUGUCCAAACAAAUGUUUAAUAUUUAAGUAAUUUUCUUUUAUAUAUAUAUAUUUAAAAAAACUGAAAAUAUUUUACUUCUGUGAUACUAGUUAAUCUUAUUCUGAGGAAGGCGUUUUUCGUUUUUUUUUUUUAGCAAAUGAAUCAGCUGAAGGGACUGGUCUCAUCUUUUUUGUUCAUUGAUACUGCCAUACGAGCCAAGAGGCGAUCAGACGACCUUUGGACGACCUUUGGUCAAAAGUCAAGUGAUGGUAUGUGGUUGACAUUUUGUUUUUAUGUCAAGGGUCACUUACCAAUGUACAAAAGUAGUAACUAACGCCUUUUACUUGCAUAGCAACCAUUUUAAUUGUUAACCGUUUGGUGACGAAUCAAAUUAAAAACUCAAUUUUUCAGUUUGUCAGUGGCUUUUUUUUUUCACUGACAGUUUAAAAACCGAUGCAAUUUUAUGAAAGGGGAAACAAAACAAAAUUCAUGAAAUUACCAUAACCUUUCCACAGGACCUCUUACUUCAAAACAGAUUUUUUAAAACCAGGGGGAACAAAAAACGGAACGGAAAUAAAAAAAAAUAAAAAAUAUGAAAAAAAAUAAUAAUAAUAAUUGUAUUGAUACCGGUGAGAAAUUCAAUUAUUUGAUUGUAAUUUAUUAGGGGGCACUGUUCCACCACGAGUGUCUUACAAGCAAAAGAAAAAAAAUUAAUAAUUUAAAAUCAAGUAUCGCAAGUUCGUGUAAAAGAAAAAAAAAAUAAUACAACCUAAUCAAAGAAUGUUUUGUAUCACUUCCUAGUACACCACCUAGUGUCAAGCGGAAGUGGGAAUUUGGGGGGGGGGGGGGGGGGGGUUCGAAGAAAAAAAAAGAAAACCGGCGGUACCCGGGUAGUAUUGUCUUGUCUAAUUAAGGUCUCUUGUAGCUGUUUUAGUGGUGCUAGAUUUCAUGAAUUUGGUGGUCUGUGUGAAGACUCAUUUGUAAGACGUCUUAAAAAAAUAAAAAAUUUGUACUUGUGUUGGCAUAUCGACAGUGAAAUUAACACGUUUUAGGCACUAAAAAAAGAAUUAUAAUCUACUCUUCAUCAUGGUUGUUUUUGUUUGUUUUGUUUUUAUCCAUUUUUUUGUUCUCCACUUUUUUUUCACAAUCUCAGUGUUAAUAUUGAAAAGCUAGGCAAAAGAUUGAUUGGUACGUUGACAGCAAAGCCCUGUUUAAGGGUUGCUCUUACUUAUUGUCUUGAUCUUGAUCUUAUUGCCUCGAGUUAGUUCGGAGAACAAGAUUUUACAGAGUAGUCCAUACCACUUGAGAAAGUAACAACCAAGCACAGCUUUAUCUGGAGAUCAAGCUCUGUAUCUUUUCCAACCAACCAAGCCCCUCCCCCCUCCUUUUUAUCUGGCGGGCGAUUUUUAUUGAAUGAAUGUAUGUUUUGAGAAAUGAAAUGCACAAAUGCGUAAUCAUUUAAAAAAAAAAAAAAAAAAACAUGUUGUAAUUACUAGUCUAUUUAUUCGUUUCUUUUUAAUGGUUUAAAAACAAAAACUAAAAUUGAUGAAUAAUCCUUGCCUAAAAUGGUGCAUUUUUGAAGCCCCCCUUUCUUCCCUGUGCCCACGUUACCCCCCUUCCAAAAAUGAAAUGCGCUGACAGACUUAAAGUAAUGGUCAUCGAGAGACAUUAAUAACAAGUACAAUAUUUAGAUAACACUUUGUUAUGAUUGGAAUGAUGGUAAUUGUCUAGAGUUGUUUUGGGGGUUUUUGAUUUGGGGAGGGGGUCCGAGACAAACACAACAACAUUUGUAGAUUUGGUGCCGUUUUUUCCUAGUUGUACAGCAAGAAGGCGGGCGGGUGGUUGUUUUUAGACUCGCCCCCUUCUUGCUGACAUUAUGUCUGUACAAUUGUAUUCAUUUGUUUUAAUCGUGCUGGCAGAGUAUUACAUUUUAUGAAAAAUAAAAACUUAUAAAAAAAAAUAAAAAAUAAAACCUUUCUGUGGGACCAAAAACCAAACAAAUUGCCUAUUUUGAAGGCAGGUAUGCAGUUGUUGAUGAUCUUAAAAACCUUGCAAAAGUAUAUAUAAGUAAAUAUAAACAAACAAACAAACCAACAAAAAAAGUAUUUAUCAACAACGAACAGCCCACACUACUCACUGGAUAAAUUCAAUGGUUAUAGAAUUACUCCACAGGCCUGUUUGAAUUGGUCCAAGCAUGUAUAACUGUACAGUUGUUGUGUAACUUAAGAUUGUAGUUUAUAAGGAUAAAGAAGAAAAAAAAAACGAUGUUUGUUUAGAAUGCACCUCUCUUUACCCAGCUUUGAUAUCUCCAAUCAGGCUUUUUGUUUUUGGUAAUAAUGUGUUGCUAUUUAUAAAAAAUAUUAAAACAAAAUAAAGGUCAUAUAUACAUAAAUAAAUAAGGAUUAGUUUCCAUUUAUUUAUCUAUAUAUCAAUUUAUCUUUGGAUUUUAGUGUACAUCAAUGCCUCGAUGGGUAUGUUGCACAUUUUUCUCUAGUUAAUAAGUAUCUUUAAAACAAUUCACACUCACUCACACACACAAGUGUGAAAACACCUGCAAUCAGGGAUCUCUUAUUGUCCCUCUUUUGUUUGUACCUCAACAUUUUAGCAACAGCUCUUAUUGGUUUUGUACACACUUUCCAACUGGGGACCUUCCACCAAACGAGGACCCUGUUGUCCUCUUUUGUUAAAGGUGCCUGGUUUGAAGGGGUAAAACUACCCACACACACCACACACACAUACAGUAUCGUGAGAUCUAGAUUGGGGGCAUGGAUUCACCCAAGAAAAGGGGAAACAUCACAAAAUUUUCAGUUUAUUAAAAAAAAAAAAUCUUAAAAGAAAAACCAAAAAAAUAUAUAUAUAAAAAAAUAACUAGAAGUCUGAAAUUUCUGAAGCUUUAACUCAUUCAGUAACAGUACUAUGCAUUUAUCCUGGGGGAUAUUUUGAGAAAGAAUUGUGCCGAAGAGCAAGCCCAUCAAACCUUUAUUAAGAUCAAGAAUGAUUCAAUUCAGACUGCUUCGAGAGAACUCAAAUGUUUCACAUUUAUUCAUGUUUUUGGGGGUGGGUGUAUUAUUCAGAACAGAGGGAAGACUGGUUUGAAUCUGCACCAGUACUUGUUUGUAAAAUCUUAAUCUCACAUGCGGAAAGAACUUAGCAAGAAAUUUUAAAAAUGUCUAAUCUGAAGGCACUGAGUUCAAAACCAGUUCAUACCGGUUUCAAACCUGUUUAUACCUGGUUUGAACCGGUAACAACUAACUGGUUCUGGUUCAAGUUUCUUUCUUCUUUGCCAUUUUUAAGACUGGUACCUUGUAACAUAUCAACAGCUUGCUUAUUUAAGUUGAGACCUACUACGCACAAGGCUAGCUUUGACCCAAGUUUUCGCAUAAAAACAAUGUCUUUGUAUAUUUUCACCUUGAAUUUUUGGCGCAUUUUUAUCAAGACAAUGUUGGACUUUAAAAUAAACGUAUAAUUAUUUGGAGUGAUGUACCAUGCUUUUACUCAUGCUGGCCAAAACUGCAGUUUAAAGGUUAUGGUUGUUUGCCUUGUGUAGGCACAGUAGUGGUGGAAUUUUUUAUGACGCCGAAAGUUUUUUAGCAAUAAACUUUGAAUUACUGUUGCAUGCUACGAGGGAAACAAUCAUACACUAUGUGGUGGGAAAUGGUCGGCGUUAAAGAGUCCAAUAAUACUGGGUGGAUUUGUAGAGGCUGGAUGAUUUUGUAAAAAAAAAAACACACAAAUUUUUGAUUCCUUGGAAAUGGAGUGUUUUAAAACGGUGUGCAAUAAAUACUACGCACCUUCUACAUUCAUACAUUGAACUUUCAUUCUUUCCACUGCCCCCUUGUGCCUGGUGGAUACAAAAUCAAAUUGACAAAACCCAAAGCACCAAAAAUUACGUUGUCUUAAUGAUUAACAACAGGUACCAAAAACAUUUCUUGAAACAAUCUUCUGAAAACAAUUUGAUGGUAAUUUUUUGGGAAUGUGUGCCAGUUUUCAGUUUACGAUUGUGGGUUACUCCAAGCUCUUUAACAUGGUUUACCAGUUAACGCUAGCUUGAUUGAAACCCUUUAUUCUGAAGCUUCAUGUGAUUCUUAUGACCACCCAUUGGCUAUUAUGAUGAAUCGGACUCGAAAAGAAACAAACAAAAAAAGAGGUGGUUCUUGAAGCCUUUUUUUUCUUUUUAUCCUUUUCGUGUUGUCACAUGUCUUAUUUGAGCAGCUGUGCGUAACACUUUUUAACAAGUACAGUACAGGGACUUGGAAAUGUAGCGUACAAUUUUACAAUGUAUAUGUAUAUAUUCCUAGAUGCAAGGUUAAAAACAUUGAUGGGUGAAGUUUUGUUGUCGUACAUGUCAUGUACAUGUUUCAACGCAGUCACCUACUCAGUAUUUUGAGUGAUCCACCAUUUUUUUUGCAGCGAGAGGGGACACAAGUACAUGUUGGGGGUUUAUAAUUAAGAAACGUGAAUGUUAGAAGUAAUGAAGAAGUUGUAUGUAGGAUUUGUCAAAAAAAAAAAUAAUAAAAUAAAUAAACGCUGCCUGCCGUUGUCAAUGAUAUUAAUAAACACAUCUAUUGAUAUUUUUUAUUUAUUCAUUUUUUUAUAUUAUUGUUAUUCUAGUUUUUAUUAUUAUUUUGUUUUGCAUGUCAGUUUACUGGUUCCAGGUUUAGUACAUAAAAGGCAAUGAACUGCAAUUGUGGGAUUAUUUUUUACUUUUUUUUCUUUUGUUCUUGUGGAAAUAAAAAAAACAUUGCAAUUUUGGCAGACAUUUAAUGUGUAUAGUUCUUUGUACACAUGCACUCUUGGUACGUACACAUCACAUCUUGAUAAUGCUUUAGAGUGAGUAAGGGUGUGAGUGGUGCUAGUGUAUCUGUGGGGGAGUUUUUUCUUGCCAAGAUUAUUUCAAGUGGGAUUUAACAGAAACUGUGAUUUUUUUUCCAGUAUUUUUUUUUCUUCUCUAGAUAAAUAUGAUAAUAAUAAUAAUGAUAAUAAUAAUGAUAAUAAUAACACUGUUGGAUCUUUACAUUGGUCUACAUGUACCUUCUAAGUUUCUUUGUACUGUAAGGUCCUGGUGAGUAAGUAGUCUAUUGUAACAGUGUGUGAUUGGACUAAACUUUUUAAGACAAAAAUAUGUGAACUAUGUACUUGUUUUAAAUGCGUCUGGUCAUUUAACAUGCCUUGGUUUUUCAUUCUCCUCGGAAGAUUUAAAAAAAAAAAAAACUGAAAAAAAAAAAAAAAAAGGUUCAUAGUCGUUUUUCGUUUUUUUUUCUUCUAAUUUGUAAAACUUUUACCACGUUGUCCAGGGGACUAUGGCGCCUGAACGUAUAAAAAAAAGACGUGUUUUUUUUUUUUUUUUUUUUUAAUUACUGAAAAAAAAAAAAACCAGGCACGUACCUCAGUACUGUACAUCACGGGGUGGCGCUCAAGGUGGUAAAAUAAUGCAGAUUUUGUUUUUCCUUAGGUCAUGCUUUAGGGCAUGUUCCUUAGGGAUGUUUGAUUGUAAAUUGAUGUAGGAAAAUAGUGAGCUAUACACUCGUGAGGGAACGAUUGCUGUGUUGAGUCAACGCUAUGUCUAAAAAAAGCUCUUGAUAAAGCAGAAAAAACCCAGUAUUUAUAUUCUGUCAAAAAGAGGAAUUUUUUAAAAAUGCGCUUUUUCCUAUGUUCUUAAAGGCUCUAAUCCCAUCUUCUGUAAGUGUUAGAAAAACAUUUUAUGUGCAUCAGGCAUCGAUUCUAAAUGGGCAAUCUAGAUUGUUCAUUUUUUUGGUCAUUUUUUAUCCUCAGAAAAAUGUUUUUAAUUUUUAAGUGGACAGCUUUUGCCCUCUGCUGUUUUAUUUUCCAAGGUACCUGUGGUGAGCAUUCAGCAUUGUUGGUGUUUUUUUUUUAGAAUGUUUUUUUUUUCCCUGCACAAAAACCUAUCACUAAAAGAAAGAUAAAAACAAAAAUACAAAAAGAGGAUAGUGUUAACGUUCCGAGCGUUAAAUUAAAACACAAAAUUGAUUCAAUUUAAUUUAAGAUUAAAGAACUCGAUUUAAAAUGCCAGAUUUUAAUGCUAUGUAAACAUUUUUUAUUGGUGCAAUUUCUUGUGCUCAUCUCUAUUGACUCACCUAGCUUUCUGUGGUACAAAUAUUUAGUGUUUUUUUUUUGUGAGAAAAAAAAGGAGAAUUGCAGGAUAUUAGUGAAUGAGAGGAAAGUACAUAAUAUUGUAAUCAUGUUAAUUUUUUUAUUGUUGAUAGAAUAUUUACUAUUGUACGUCCAUAUUUUUAAUUUCUUGUUGGCAUGCCUGCUUGUCGGUAUUGGAAACCUGCAUAAAAUUGCACACAAUAAAUAAACUGAUGGUCUUCUUCAA